GAUUUGGGUACAGAGCAGAGCGAUCGAGGGCAUAUAUUCGAUUCAUUCCGGCCGAUCGCUCUCACGUAUCUUGCUUCAUCACGCAAAUUCUCAUAUUGACCACCGAGAGCCGUUGAAGGUCUCUGGGGUUGAAAAGCUGCGCCCGGUCGUCCCUCUGAGACCUCAGACUACAACUACUUUCCUCCUCGAUCUCCACCCUUCUACCCCCAGGCUCGUUCACAAUGCCUACACCUGAGUCCGAGGCGUUCCUGGCCAAGAAACCAAAGGUCCCGCCUACUUUCGAUGGCGUCGAUUUCGCCGACAACCAAGCGGUCACGGACGCCCGAGAUGCGAUUGUACGAGAACAAUGGGUAGGGAUGAUGAUGCAAAGACUAGUAGGCGAGGAAAUGGGAAAGUGCUACAUCCGCGAGGGCGUCAACCACCUCGAGAAGUGCGGCAAAUACAGAGAUCGAUACCUCCAACUAUUAAAAUCGAAUAAGGAGAAAGGGUACCGUGGCCGACAGCAGAAUUACAUGCCAGGCGUCGAUGGUCCCGCGGGUGGCCCGGAGAUUCACACAGACUACCCUACCGCCCAGCAGGCCAAGGGUGCAAAGGGUUCGGAUUACAGACCUGGAAACACCAGUGGGCAGGGUGGGAAUACACUGUAUUAGAGUACGAGAACUCGUUGUAGGCAGUCCGCGAAGAAAGCAUUGUACAUACUACUCAGGAGGACCGAAGGCCACAACUUGCGGCGAGGCAAUGAGAGGCGAAAUGCCAUCUGUUGCGCAAUUGAACCUUCCGUGCUUUGUCUGACUUCGCCGUGAACCAUCAGUCUUAGUGGCAUCAGCUAUAAUACAGACGCUGAGGCUGCCAUGGUUCAUCUUUCUGAAUGAUCGGUGCUCCCGAAACAACCGACGCCUGCUCAUGA